AUGGCCUGUAAUUGGUCACCUUCCCUCCUAGCAGUGUCAUUUCCACUUCACAUAAUCUUGAGGAAUUUGGCUGACAAUUUAUGGGCCAUAUUCACCAUGAAAUUUGGCAUGCAUCCCACAUUGGUUGUAAGCAAUCUCGCUAACGAGUGCCUUACUACUAAUGACACUUCACUCCUUGUGGAGAGUAUUGGCUGUAAAAGAGUUGCACAGGCGAUGGAUGGAGAACAAAAAAGUAGCUCCAAUAUAUUUGUGGUGGAGAUGAAGAAAUGGUUUUGGGAUGUAACCUUAAAUGUGAUACCCAAGAUAAUAGUAGGGAAGGGAUAUGCGAAGUAUACAGAAAAUGAUUGGCUGGAUUUUGGGUGGAGCUUGGAACCCAAUGAGGAAGACCGCAACAGAGCUGGACCAUUUAUUGGAAGGAUGGGUAGAGAAACACUAGCAGAAGAAAGCUUCAGGCACAUUCAUGAUGAACAGCUGGUGCAGAUGAUCUUUCCAGUCGAGAUGCUGAUACCGUCAACAAAGGUACGUGCCUGGCUUUUUAUUUUCGCAAUCUCAGACACAACAACCAUUACAGAGACUUGGACACUAUCAUUAUUUACUCAAAACUAUGAUGUCUUGAAGAAAGCCAAAUAUGAACUAGACAUCCAUGUCGGUAAAGACAAGUCGGACAUGAAGAAUUUGGUUCAUCUCCAGGCCAUCCUAAAGACAAGUUGUAUCAUGCUGCUCCAUUGUCACUCCCACAUGAACCCAUGCAAGACUACUCUAGGAGGCUACCAUAUUUCAGCAGGCACACGACUUAUUGUGGAUGUUUCAAAAAUUCAUCAAGAUUCACGGGUGGGUUGGAUCAAACCGAGUUCUCAACCUGAGAUUUCUUCUCGGAAGAAUGUUUCGAAAAUUCAUCAAGAUUACUACGUUGAUACAUAUUAA